CUACGCCGAGAUAAGGUCGCACAUUUGCGAGAAACGCAUUUGCCCGCAGAGAUAGUGCACGCGAUGCAGGUAGGCUUAAGUCGAUUAUACUUUAAGGCGUAAUAAAGCUCGCGGAGUAUAGGCAUUAUCAGCGCGAAAAACUCUUGUUCGAACGGCCGAGCCUGAUUGCCGCUGUUUUGCCACUGUUUUUCUGCGGAUGCGAGAUAUAUUCUCGUCCGCUGUAAGCCCUGUACGAGCCGAUAACCGAUCGAUGAUGCGGGAGGUGGAGAGGAGGAAAAUGCUCUGCACGGGCUCGGCGUCGUCUUUAUAAGACGAAAAUAAUUUCGAUAAAUAAUCAGUCGGCGAGGCGGACUCCCCACGGAUCGUCGUUACAUCGCCGCAAGCAUGCGUCGGACUGGCAGAUUGCUUCUCGUGCUUUCCUGCGUUUUCGCGCUCGCUUUCCUCGCUUCCGCUCUCUGUUCGACGAUUUCAGCCCUGAGCAUGAGCAGCAGGAUAGUAGGCGGCGAGACGGCUCCGGAGCACGCCUACCCCUACCAGGCGUCGAUCCGAGUCGGUGCCGACCACAAGUGCAGCGGUUCCUUACUGAACAACAAUUGGAUCCUCACGUCGGCCCACUGCCUCGUCAAGUACGACCCGUCGAGCUUCAUCGUCGUCGUCGGCAGCAACAGCCUCAUCUUCGGCGGUUUCGCCUUCUGCGCUCGCGAAACGCGCCUGCAUCCGAACUACGUGCAGGGCGAGCUUCACGACGACAUCGCGUUGCUCAAGCUCUGCAAACCGGCGACUUUCGGCGACAAGGUUCAGCCCGUCCAGUUGCCGAGCGAGGAUGUGAGGGAGGAGGAGAAUCUCCCGGCUGUUCUGACCGGUUGGGGUAGCUCGCAGAAAGGCGGACCGAAGAGCUUCAGUCUUAAGCUCAUCGAACUGCCGACCAUCGGUCUGGACAGGUGUCGCGAGACCUUCCCCAGCGUCACUCGGAGCAACAUCUGCACGUUCGCCGGCGUCGGCCAAGGCUUGUGCUACGGAGACGCCGGAAACCCUCUGGUAGCCGAGGGAGUCCAGAUCGGCAUCGGCUCCUGGGGCUCGCCCUGUGCUCUCGGCUAUCCCGACGUGUUCACCAGGGUCUACAGCUACGUCGACUGGAUACGAGGCAUCAUCGCCGACGAAUCUUAGCGCUUAGAAAGUAACUGCUGUAAAUAAAAUUAUACAACAUUCGUAGAAAAAA